AUGAUCAAAAUAUGUGCACACGGUCCAGAACAGAGGCGAAGUCACAAACGACGACGAGAUGCUGAUGAAAAACAGGUAGUGGAUGGCUUCAUCAAACAGACAAGUCCAACAACUACAAAACAAAUAGAAACAAAUGACGUUGGCGCAAAACGUGGAGAGGAAAGUGGUCACAAUCACAUCCACGAUAAGUUUAAACUUGAUUUUUCCAAUGAACACAUUGCAGGGAAAGCAACACUGAGUUGA